AUGAAAUCCAAACAUAAACGCAAGUCUUCAUCUCAGAAACUGCUUUGUAAACCUCAACUUUCUCAUCAAGGAGUAUUGUUUCGUGAGGUUCCUGUUCCUGUUUCUCCCGUAUCCAAGAAACGAGCAGCAGAAGACAUGGUGAAACAUUUAUCUCAACCGAAGAAGAAGAAGAAGAAGAAGAAGAAGACGAAGAAGGCUCGGAAGAUUAUUUCAUCAAGUGAGUCUACAAAAGAGGAUGAACGUGUACCAGAAACUCCGGAAAUCACCUCUAUUCGUACCAGUUCAAUUCCAAAGACCACUGUCAUAAUCACCCCUGAAGUUUCGAUUGCCAAGUCAAUUUUUGAGGAGGUGAGAACUUCAGGCUUGGGUGAAAAUGUUUCGAAGGAUACAGAUCAAUGUCCAUUCAUCUCUACUCCUUUUGAAUCAUUCGUUUCUGUUACACCAACAUCAACCAUUCCUCUCACUUCAACUACUAUCUCUCUAACCUUUGAACACAUCCUCAAUCAACCAAUCAUUUCCAUGUUCUCCUCUCAAUCAACUGAUACCCCCAAACCAACUUCACCCACUGAAACAGAUCAUGAAGGGUUUGGAGGAACAUUCGAAGAUUUGGAAUUUCAUGAUGAAGAAGAAGAUUUCCCUGAUCAUAUGCUCAUGACCAUGAAACAAUACAAAAUUUUGAAUCAAAAGAGUGAUGAAGCUGUUGAAAGAGUUGAAGGAGAUAUCCACAAAACCUGUUUCGUCUCCUUUGAUCACUCCUGA